AUGAUAAAUGCCACGGAAAACCAGAUUGAUGAAGAAGCAGCACAUUGGUUUUUAAUAUUUAUGGAGUUGAAGCUUACAUUGAAAGGAUUGGAUCAGUUAUUGGGGCAACUGCUGACAACAUUUACAACUAUCGACUUGUCCUCCAAUAGAUUCUCUGGGAGCAUUCCACCUUCUCUGGGAGAUCUUAACUCUCUUAGAUACUUGAAUUUGUCUCACAAUACCCUCAUAGGACAUAUACCGCCAUCUCUUGGAGAUAUGAGAUUACUCGAGUCGUUGGACCUGUCUUCAAACAAACUGGAUGGAGAUAUUCCAAAUGAAUUGGCAAGGUUGACAUUUAUUGGAAAGUUGAACCUUUCAAUGAAUAAUCUUGAGGGAAAAAUACCACACUCUACUCAACUUUCCACAUUUGGUAACGAAUCAUAUGUGGGAAAUAUAGGAUUGUGUGGAUUUCCAUUGACGAGAAAAUGUGCAGGGAGUGAUGGAAAACCAUUCAUUCCUAAAGGAGAAGAAGAAGAUGAUGAUGAUGAGUAUGGAUUUAUAGAUGGAUUUGGGUGGCGAAGUGUGGUGUUGGGGUAUGGAUGUGGAUUUGUAGUUGGGAUUGGAAUUGGUUACAUGGUUAUAAGAAGCGGAAGGCCAAGAUGGUUAGUGGAAUUCUUUUUUGGAGUUGGUUAUAAAUAUAAGACGAAGAAGAGACGCAACAGAGCUGCACCAACACGAAGGAGAACUUAG